AUGAUAUCUCUCAAUGAUUUAUCAAAGCCAUUGGUUGACUGCUUCAAAUCAGUUUUACGCCGAUAUGAGACAGACUCUAAGACUCUACUUGAUUUAACAAAGCCCAUUAGUAGCAGGCAGUUUAAUGCUUUUAUUUCAAGAAUUUAUGAUGCUGAGACACAGGCCUUUUGUAAAUUCCUUGAGUACCAGUUGAGUGACAUGAAGGACAGUGAGCUGAGAACCCUGUCCGCUGUCAAAGAUGAUGUAAAUCUGAUGACACCACUCAUUACUGUCGAUAAUCGUGUAAUGGAUAAACCAUUGACUCUCACUGAUAUCUCUCGGAUUACUAGUUAUGCUCCGUCACCGCUGAACAAUCCUACAGCAUUUAUGAAUUUGUGGACCACGGCAUUAAUGCAUACAUCUCUGUCCGGACGAGAUGUUAGAUACAUUCUUGCCACACUAAUGCCUCACAUCAAGAUAGAUACUCUAAUUGCGGAAUGUGACACUUUACGGCACCGAUAUGAUAGGCCAGUAGAAGGGGAGGAGACCAUUGAAGGAAAAUAUCCCUGGUUAAGCAGAGACCGUAAAACUGAGCAUAUUGCUGAACUUACUAAAUUCCUUGAAAAAAAUGCAGCACAGGACCGGGACAUAACGCAGGUCUUAAAUUGUAAACGUAAACAGAAUGAACCAAUAGCUGAAUAUGCUUCUGGAUUCUUGCAAUGCUGGAAAGAGCAAGCCAAAUUACAGAUUAAGGAAGAAGAGGAUCCCUUUUUUUGCCUCUAUGUUUUUGAACGGAUUGGAUCAAAAUGCUUCGUACACCCUUAG